AUGGAGAGUCCGGACAGUCAGAGGAGAGCCUUUUGCGUGGCAGUGGUUGUGGCCACAAUGGUCGGUUUGAUACUACUCUUAGCCCAGCGGCAACAUGGUAACACCGACAAAUUGAAAAGCAGGGAGCUGGACAAACACUGCACUCAAUGCCCGCGUAAGUUCUCCUACGCUAUCCUUCGCGCUGCAACGAAGAACUUCAGCAACGAUCAAAUGCUUGGAAAAGGAGGCUUCGGACAAGUCUACGGAGGCAUCUUGUCUGCAUCAAAAGAGACUGUGGCAGUGAAAAGAAUAUCUCAAGGCUCCAAACAAGAGCAAAAGGAAUAUAUCUCAGAAGUGAGUAUAAUAUCUAAGCUAAGGCACCGGAACCUUGUUCAGCUCCAUGGAUGGUGCCAUGAGAAGGGUCGCCUGCUUCUUGUCUACAAAUUUCUACCGAAUGGAAGUCUGGACAGAUAUUUAUUUGGGGAGCAGAAGAAAGAUGCAAAGCUGGGUAGAAAUUUCAACGGUGAGGAAAUGGAAAGGGUGUUGUUAGUGGGGUUAUUGUGCUCUCACCCAGAUCCUAAAGCCAGACUGAGCACAAGACAGGUGGUCGAUAUCUUGAAAAUAAAAGCUCCACUCCCUCCUCUUCCUCCGACUUAUCCAGAAAUUAUGUACACUACCUCUCAUAGUCCUGUUGGAACAUUUUGUACCGCGGAGAGAGCCUCCAGAAUUGAGAGUGCCUAA